UAGAGGCACAGGCAAGUUUAAUGACCCAUUAAUAAAAUUUAUCAUAAUUUUUGUGUUAAUAUUGACGUCUCUCCCUACACCUGGCCACCAGAACCUUUCCAGACUAUGAAGACCAAUUGCAGGAUAUUCUGGCUUCAGGGACAUACAGCUGUGCUGUCACUCUGGGAGGUUAGGUAGGGGGUUGAUGGAAAUGGUAGAUGCCUGCCUGGCAGGUUCAUCAUAGCAGCGACCAGAGCUCAGUUGCUGGAAAUAUUUGAAAAAACUAGGCUGGCAAACAAUUUAAACAAAUAAUCACCAUUAAUUGCAGUUUCAAUCGCACUGUUAAACAAUAAUAGAAUGCCAACUGAAAUGUGUUAUGAAUAUUGUGGAUGUUUUUCUACAUUUUCAAAUAUAUUGAUUUCAAUUACAACACAGAAUACAAAGUGUACAGUGCUCACUUUAUAUUAUUUUUAUUACAAAUAUUUGCAUUGUAAAAAAGAUAAAAGAAAUAAUAUUUUUCAGUUUACCUCAUACAAGUACUGUAAUGCAAUCUCUUUAUCGUGAAAGUGCAAUUUACAAAUGUAGAUUAUUUUUAAUCUUUAUUAAGAAAGUUGGAGGACAGAUCCCAUACGAAAAAUAUCAUUCCUAAAUAUCUACUUAAAGAGAUAGCAAAGUAAUCAAUAUUAGAACAUUCACAGUUGUUAAGGAAGAUUCUGAGAAAUGUUUACAAAAUCCUAUUACAAAAGUGUUCCAUUUUUCAACCAAUACUCAUAUUCCGUAGCACUAAAUGGCAUGUGAAUAUGGGUUGCAAAACUGUUCAAUAAAGUAAAUGACUGUUUAGAAAUGCAUGUAUGUCUAAAUCAGGAUUGUUUAUCAAAGUUUAGAUGUAUAAGAUAAGUACUUACACAAUCACUGAAAUACAAACUUUAUUGAAAACAGAACUUAUAUAAAAAGGUCGGUCACUAAUAUAUAGUGGAGCAUUCCAAUAAUGAAUUUAGGAUAGACAUAUUAGAAAGGCAGAGAUAUAUUACAGAAUGCUACAUGUGUGUAUCUAUGGCCUGAAUAACUGCCUGGUCCUCCCAUUUUGUGCUCAUGGGCCAGGCCCCAAAGCCGUGCUCUGUCGAGUAGAGUUCACCAAAUACACAGACUAUACAGACGUGUCCAUGGAAUCCAUCACCUGGUCCUCCAUCAUUCCAAUUCCUGUAACAAUCCUGCUGGGUCUAGUGGGCUGCUAAGGAUGCGUCACUGAAGCAUCUCCAAUACGACGGGAUCUGCUUUUCACAGUUAGUAAGGGACUGGAGCCCACUGUUCAUGUGUUCCACCUCCAUGCUGAAAGUGUUCAAAAUGGCUCCAAGGCACAAAUGGGAUAAAGGAAAUUUGACCCCUUUUCCCACUACUCUCUUGGCCUCUGAGAAGUAUCCCAAUAUCUACUAUGAAAAUUGCCUGGAAUACAGCAAGCCUAGAAGCAGCGCAAGGAAUCCUGGGAGAUCUACCUAGACUGCACACGGCUGUGUGAACACAUGGUUUGUAACGUGACAGGGGCUACACCGAUGCGAGCACUACUGUGUGAACAUACACAAACAGUGUAUCUAAACAGGUAUAGUUAGACUGAUUUAAACUACAACUGUGCAACCUUUAAAAAUGGACAUGACGCUCGUCAGUGAUCUAAGGACUAAAAAAAUAAAGUGUAGGUUUGAGCCAUAAGCAUAUACCAUAGAUUUACUGUGGUGGGAAGCACCUCUUAGAGAAUUUUCUUUUGUUUACUCCAGCCAUCCAGGUUCCCUGAAUAUUUCCUCAUCUCUUUGGAAGAUACACCGUAUACUUUCCACCUUGUGUAAGAGCUGCCAGUUUCCGUAAAAGCUGAGUCCCAGCCAAAAGGAAGCGUUUCAACACAAGUUUACUCAAGGUUGCUACAGGCUGUUCUUCCCCUGUGCAAAGAGAUUGUAAAACAAAGUCAACAAAUGUGGGAAAUUCCAGGUCUACUGAGUGGGACCAAAGUGGAUGGGGAAAGGCAUGUGGGGAAGUAUAUAAACCAGCAGCACCACACAGCAACAAUGAAACAGAUCUCCCUCACUUCAGCUGCAAACCAGGUGUCUGUUUAAAGCCUUUCUACACAAAAUGAGGAACCUGAUUGUGUGUGCGCUCGCCCUAGCGCUGAUGGCACAAGCCGUUGUGUCUCUGGAGUGCUAUCACUGCCCUAAUGGAGCAAGAUGCUUUACCACUCAGAAAUGCAGGGAUGACCAGGAUCAAUGUAUUACCAUGUUCUUCCCUUUCACUGCUAAAUACGCUAAGCGAUGCUCCAGGACGUAUGAAUGUGAAGUCAUGAAGGCCAUGGGGGGGUCUGCAGUGAAGGCCAUUUGCUGCGGCACUGAUCGGUGCAACCGAUAGACAGGAGCUCCUGCACUCUCAAGACCAACACCAGCAGGGUCUCCUCCUCCCUCUGCAGUGUGACUGGAAAUCCUCACUGAGGGUCCUUGCUGCCAUCUCUCUCUCACACUCACACACACCCACACUCUUUAUUCUUAUUUUAGAGGAGAACACACGUUUGCCAUGGAUGUUUUCAGCAGCUGUACUAGUGACACCAUGGACAGCACUAAUAAUAAAAGGAUAUUAC